GAAGCGUUGUGCAUAUGUUCGUGUUUGUAAUGGCCAUCGUGGUCGGUUUGCGGCCAUGCCGAACCGACGAAUCCCAAUCAAGUGACCUUAUGUGCCUCUGUGCAACAUACCACGAGGAUUCAACGCGUUACAUUUACGAUUGUGUUGUGCACAGUUUAUUGCUUCAUUUGAGCAAUUGUUUUAGCAACGGUUCAACUGUUCCGUGAUGUGUUUCGAGGGUUAAUUACGAGUCGUCCAAAGUUUUUUGCUCGGAUUGGGGCCAAAUUGCGAGAGAAAAAAGCUUUGUGUAAUAAAGAAAUAAAUUUAAAGCUGCAAAAUGCGGACGGUGAUUGCAUCCACAGCGUGGCGGUCACCUCUUGUGAAACGCUUGGCUCAGCGGACGGCACAAAGGAGGUUAACAAGGUGGACACGGAAUUUGCUCGUUUGUUCUAAAACAAAAUGGACCGAUGCCAUUAAAUUUGGCCAUUUAUAUUUACGAACAAAGAAAAAUAAAAGAGUAAAACUUCGUAACUACAAAAUACAUAUUCACAUCCCUAUAUCAGAAAUUAAUUCUCCUAGAACAGGAGUACAUCAAUUUUCCAGACAUGUUUCAAUACGCAGAUCCUCGAAUCGAAAAUUACUUCCUAAUGAACUCUCCUUUGCCAGUUAUGUUAAUACUGGCAUUUUACGCAAGUUUUGUAUUUAAAAUUGGACCGGCCUUAAUGAAAAGCAGACAACCAAUGAAACUUGAAAGAAUAAUUAUGGUGUACAAUUGGGUACAAAUCAUCUUGAAUGGAGUUAUUUUUUUAUUGGCGUUGCAAGAGCUACCAAAACUAAACAUUUUUUGUUCUCCAAUGGAUAAAUCGAACCACCCUGACGCCCUUGCAAUUUUAAAUUUACAAUACGCUUACACUCUUCUGAAAAUUUUUGAUCUUUUAGAUACAAUAUUUUUCGUCCUUCGAAAGAAACAGAGUCAAAUAACGUUCCUUCACGUUUAUCACCAUAUCAUGAUGGCAGUAUUUUCCUGGAUCACAUGUAAAUUCUUUGUUGGUGGCCAAGUCUACUUUUUAGGUUUAGCGAACCUUUUUGUUCAUGUUGUGAUGUAUUUUUAUUAUUUUCUAACCUCGUGGGAUCCCACGUAUAGAAACAGUGUGUUGAAGAAAUACAUCACGCAACUUCAAAUUCUUCAACAUUGUUUUAUUUUUACAGCUUUCGCCUUGCCGUUGUUCAAUACAAAUUGCUCGUACCCAAAACCGUUAUUGUGUGUUUUCCUAACUCAAGCCGCAUUAAUGAUUUAUCUCUUCACAAAUUUUUACAUGAAAGCUUAUUCAAAUCCUAAGAAAGUUAAUUAAAAUUCACUCUUUAUAGAAAAUGUGUGAAACUCCAUAAAUAAAUAAUAAGUUAUUUGAA